ACUGCAUUUUGUGGACUUCCUGAUAGUAAAGAAUUACAAUAGUCCAGCUCUGAAGUAACAAAUGGUCUAGUUUUUCAGUGUCACUCCUGGACAAAAUAUUUCUAACUUUAGCAAUAUUCCAGAGGCAAAAAUAGGAAACCCUAGAAACCUGUUUAAUAUGGGAUUUGAUGUCAUCAAGACAUGCCUGUAGUCAAAGUCAUUGUUUGGAUUCCUCAUGAUGUAUGGAUAUAUAUGGAUAAACAAUUGCUCUUUUAUUUGCCUAUACAACACAGUCAAAUAUCAAACAAAAUGGAUCCAAAUUACUGGACCAGCCGUGGAGAAGACAUUACCAUUAAUUUAAAGUUAUGUGUUAUAAAUUCAUAAAAUUUCACUAAUUAUCAACUAUAUUUUAUUGCUGUAUCAGAGAUCAUAGAUUCGUCAGACAUAGUAUGUUUGUCUAUUUAAUUUGUAGGUUCAUUCAUUCAUACAUACAUACAUCUGUGGCGCUGAGCCCACCCCAAAUCAUACACACAGCCUAAUAGACCUUUUUCACACUUCCGGGUUUUAAAGCGGAUGUGGGGUUUGACAACUUCCGAUGGCUAUAGCGUUAGCAUAAAAGUCUAAGAAAAUGGCUCAGUCUCGGUGCAGUUGUUUUUGUUCUGUACCUGGUUGUUCAUGUGGGGCAAGAAAACAGCCAUAUCUGUCCUAUUAUGCAUUCCCGACGGACCCGGACCAAUGGAGGGAGUGGAUCCACGCGAUCCGAAGAGAUGAAGGUCCCAACUUUUGCAUAAAGACAGGGAGCACUUUUGUAUGUAGCCGACACUUCACACUGGAGGAUUUUGUUAGCGAAUCCCCCACCAGCCGCCUUAAAAGUGGAGCUGUUCCUUCCCUUUUCACCUGGAAUAACUUUACUGCACCAGCAACAAGAGAGUCUGCUUUCGAGAGGGCUAAGAAACGCCAGUUUGUCCUCUCUCAGAAAGCUAGCCAGGCUGAAAAUGCUACUGUGGACCAUGAUUAUGUGGCACAUCCACCCGCAGCUGCACUUGAUGAAGCUCUGGAUUACAUCAAGGAGUUGGAGGCCAGACUUCAAAAAGUGGAUUUGUCUACCACACUUUUUAGCCGCUACUGUGCCUCUGAUGACCAGAUCCGAUUCUACACCAAAUUUCCAUCUGAUUGUGUGUUCCGGAUCUUCUGGGAGUCCAUUGCACCCUCUGCAUCACGCCUGGUGUACUGGACCAGAGCACAGAAGCUUGGAGAGGAAGCCUGUGCUGAAGCCAGCCCUGCCCGCUGCAUGCCUCUGAUCGAUGAGUUCCUGAUGUACUCAUUCAGGGUAGCAGUGGGCAUGAAGGAGCAGCUCAUUGCUGACAUGUUUCAAGUCAGCAUAGCUACUGUCAGCCGAGUGACCAUCACUUGGGCCAACUGCCUCUUCACUGUGUUCUCUUCCAUCAACCUGUGGAUUAGUCGUGAGAAGGUAAAAGCCAGUAUGCCUCAGAGAUUUCUGAAGUUCUCUCCAAAUGUCCGUGUCAUCUUGGACUGCACAGAAGUUGCUCUGGAGACGCCAUCAUCCCUCACCUUACAGUCUGAAACGUUCUCAGCCUACAAGAACCACACCACUCUGAAAGGGCUGAUCAGAGUUGCUCCCUGUGGGUUGGUGACAUUUAUUUGACCAUUGUACAAAGGCUGCAUCUCAGACAAAGAAAUAACAAAGGUCAGUGGAAUCCUUCCUCUGCUUGAGCUGGGAGAUGAAGUCAUGGCAGAUAAAGGAUUCCUCAUUGAAGACCUCCUUCAAGAAGUUGGAGCCAAACUCAUCAUUCCACCAUUCAGGCAUCCUGGCCAGUUCAGAAAGAAAGAGACAGAGGAGACCCAGACCAUUGCUCGCCUGCGGAUCAUUGUAGAGCGAGCAAUCGCUAGAGUAACGUGCUACCACAUCUGGAAUUCUCCGGUGCCUCUCACUUUAAUAGGAACUGUCAAUCAAAUCUGACACAACUGUUGUGUUUUGGCUAAUUAUCAAGGCACAUUUUGUGUUGCUGACUAAAUUAUUUCUGUAUAUUAAUUGUUGUAGUGCUAUGUAAAAAGUUAUUUAAAUGACAAGACUAAAAAAAGAUAUUCAAUAAAACACACUUGAGCAGCA